UUAAUUCAUCUCUCACUUUGAAUUCGAAUCUUUCUUUUUAACAUAUUUUGAAAAAAAAAAUGGAACAACUAUCAACCAUUUAUUCUACCACCCAAUCCGUUAAUUAUCCCAGUCAAAAUCAUAACUGGACCAAUACUGAUGUUAUCUCCUCUUAUAAAGAGGUAUGCGAACAACUUUAUAUCCGUAAAGAGGAAUUACGUGAAGAACGCGAACAAGAAGGACAAAAGAAACUCAGAAAAAGUUCAUCGCAUUCCAAACUAUCUCAAAAAGCUGCAGAAAGAAGUAACAAUGUUGAUACUGGAGUAAACAUUGAAAACAUUAGCAUCCAACUCAAACAACAGGAAGGAAAACCUACUUUAUCAGUUAGUUAUGUAGGAAAUGGAAACGAACUUGUUUUACCAAUGACUUUAAGAUGGAAAGACAUGGAUUCUGCUGAGCAUACUCCUAUGGUCAACCCAUCGUCAUAUGUUAAUCGUAUUCUUAGUAAACGAAGAAAUCGUCGACAAUUAAGACAUGGCAAUACUUAUGCACUAAUGAAUCUUAUUAGGCAAUUACCAAGACAAAACGUAAACGAUCCAUUUGCGAACCAAAUUUUUAAUGGAUCCAACUUCUUCUGAAUAUGAUUAUCGAUUCGUUCUGUUAUUCAAAUAUAGUUUCUCUGCUUAUUUUUUAAUUCAAAUAA